AUGAGAGGAGUUGCGGUGGUGGCCAUGCUGGUCGCGGCCUUCGCCGUGUCUGCACAAGCGGAGCAGUGCGGCUCGCAGGCCGGCGGGGCGACGUGCCCCAACUGCCUCUGCUGCAGCAAGUUCGGCUUCUGCGGCUCCGGCUCCGACUACUGCGGCGACGGCUGCCAGAGCCAGUGCAAGGGCUGCGGCGGCGGCGGCACCCCGGUACCGGUACCGACCCCCUCCGGCGGCGGCGUGUCCUCCACCUUAACACCAACAAUCGCUCUUCGACCAGAUGCUGCUGCACCGCAACGAUGCGGCGUGCCAGGCCAAGGGGUUCUACAACUACGGCGCCUUUGUUGCCGCUGCCAACUCGUUCUCGGGCUUCGCGACCACGGGUGGCGCCGACGUCAGGAAGCGCGAGGUGGCCGCGUUCCUCGCUCAGACCUCCCACGAGACCACCGGCGGGUGGCCGACAGCGCCCGACGGCCCCUACUCGUGGGGCUACUGCUUCAACCAGGAGCGUGGCGCCACCUCCGACUACUGCACGCCGAGCUCGCAGUGGCCAUGCGCGCCGGGCAAGAAGUCUUCGGGCGCGGGCCCGUCCAGAUCUCACACAACUACAACUACGGGCCAGCGGGACGGGCCAUCGGCACCGACUUGCUAAACAACCCGGACCUUGUGGCCACGGACGCCACUGUGUCAUUUAAGACGGCGCUAUGGUUCUGGAUGACGCCGCAGUCACCCAAACCUUCCAGCCACGACGUGAUCACAGGCCGGUGGAGCCCCUCGGGCGCCGAUCAGGCGGCGGGGAGGGUGCCUGGGUACGGAGUGAUCACCAACAUUAUCAACGGUGGCCUCGAGUGCGGGCGCGGGCAGGACGCCCGUGUCGCCGACCGGAUCGGGUUCUACAAGCGCUACUGCGACCUUCUCCGCGUCAGCUAUGACAACAACCUGGACUGCUAUAACCAGAGGCCGUUCGCAUAG